AUGGCCUCCUCACGAGAAGAGAGAGCCAAUCUGGCCGUGACGCUGGCCAAUGAGAAGGAGGAGAUCCUGGCCCACGCCUCCUUCUUGGACCACCCCCUGGGAGACGUGGUGGAUCCCAGGUGCUGGGAGCCCUUCCUGCAGAGCCACCUGGGCGCCGAAGCCUGCACACCGCUGAACACGCUCUUCCUCCACCUCUUCGUGGCUCAGCCUGGUUUUGCUGCAGCGAGUGCAAAGAAAAUAAUGAGGGCCGUCUUUGACGCCGUCGUGGAGCUGGAGCACGUCUGCCUGGUCGGGCCUCACGUCGCCGCUCCAGAACCGGCCCUGCAGGACGUGUUCGAGCCGCUGCAGCGCGCCGCGGGGGCGGGGCCUCGCUGCUCGGCGCUCAUCAGCCACAGGCACGAGCACUGCCCGAAGCUCCACUUCCGUACGGCCAGGGUUGAGGAUCACGAUGACAUCAUGAACAUAUUUAAGGAGCAGGCCAAACUGCUGCCCGCCUUCGACGACCCGUACUUCCUGGCCGAGCUCCUGGACUCUCAGGACCAGAAGAACCACUCGGCGGUUUGUGAGAUGGACGGUGUCCCCGUCGGCCUCGUCAGCCUCACCAGCGCCGUGGCCCUGAAGCAUCUGGUCGAGCUCUUUGAUCUGAGCGAGCUGGACGCGUGGCACCAGGCAGCUGCUGCAGGAAGCUCCGCCUCCCGGCCGGAGGAAACACAGUCGACCGGAUGUUUUUCUGAGAGUUCCAACGUGGUCAGCAUUCAGGCCUUCGUCAUGGACAAGGAUUAUGAAAACAGGUCGGUGGACUUCCUUCCAUAUAUCUUCAGCGUGUUCCCAGACCUGGACUUCCUCCUCAUCUCCGUGGCGACCACCUCCCCCGAGUUCCCGUUGCUGCAGAGCUUCCUCCGGGUGCCUCCUCGCGCCUCCUGCUCGCCGCCACGCCAGCUCUACGUCCUGCACCGCGCCGGCCUCAGCAGCGUGGUGGAGGUGAGGCCGGCGGCGCCUGCAGACCGACCCGCCGUCUCACACCUGGUGACGGGUCUGAGAUCCAGCGAGGCCCUGAUGAGGGACCUGGACCGGUACCACGAGACCCGCAGAGACCAGGACGGCGUGCCGCUGCAGGCCUUCGUGGCCCAGGUGCUCGGGCAGGUCGUGGGGGUCCUGAUCCUCAGAGACGAACAGGACGUCAGCUACGUGUGCGCCCGCUACAACGUGGAGAACUUCAUCUACUUGAGCCACCACCGGGCGGAGGAGCACGCUCAGCUCCUCCACCUGGUGCUGCGGCGCCGCUGCCGGCCCGCCAGCAGACACGUGUUCAAGGAGGCGCUGCGGCUGGCCCGCCGGUCCUGCCUGUUCCACCGGAGCUACCCCCCCACCAGCCCGGGCCAGGAGGAUUCCAGCGUCCUCCAUCUGGACCUGGUCCUGGACUGUGCGGUCCCCGUGCGGCCGCGGCGCCAGAUCGUCUACCCGCUGGAGGAGCUGGGCCUGAACGCACCGUCCAGGAGGAUCACGGAGGACCAGGCUCCGUUCGCCCUCAGCCUCGUCUGCAGGAAGUUGACCUUGGAGCCGAAGGUCAGCGUCAACGCCAGGAUCGUCGUGGUCGGGGCGUCGGACACGGGGCUGUCGCUCCUGGAGGAGCUGUGUCUGUGCCCCCACCUGAGGUUCCACAACCUGACGCUCGUCUCCACGCACGGUUACCCCGGCGACCACGAGGACGCCGGCUUCCUGUCCACGAGUCACGCCUACAGCACCAGAGACUUGGCCCAGCUGCCUCUGCGUUCCUGCGUUACCAUGGUGACCGGGAAGAUGGUGGCCAUCGACAGGAAGUCCCAGCUGGUCCGCGUGUCCGGCGGCGUGGAGGUGCCCUACGACCACCUGGUGCUCUGCACGGGCCUCCAGUACCAGGUUCCCCGUCCCACCGGUCUGGACCCCAACCGGUGCGGCACAGACCCCCAGACCGGAUCUGGAUCUGGAUCCAGCGGGCCCGUCCCCUCCAACCUCUUCACCCUCAACGACCUCCACGACUGUGAGGCUGCUGACCGCUGGCUGAGGGACCGCUUUGUGGAGCUGGAGGGCGACGCCGUCGUCUACGGGAGCGGCGUCGACGUCUUCACCGCCGCCCAGGCUCUGUUGGGCCUCGGCGUGCCGGGGGGCCGCGUCCACCUGGUCCUCACGCCGGGCGCCUCCUCCGGCCUCGGCGACCCCGUCGUGGAGAAAGCCGUGGCGGCGGCCCUGGAGGAGGCCGAGGUGCGGGUCCACCGCGGCCGCCUGCUGGCCCUGAUGAACGACGGGCGUGACCCGGAGCCGCUCGCCUCCGUGACCUUCGCCUCCGACGGGGAGCCCCUCCUCCGGCUGCAGUGCGCGGUGAGACUAUUAUGGUCUGGAUAUGGACUCCUGUCUUCCUCUCCUCCAUUGAAGGCCUCCUGCCUCCCCCAGGUGUUCCUGAACGUCUCCAACAAAGGGGUCGACCGCGACGCCUUCCGGAGCAUCGCCGACUCCUUCCUGGUGUUCGACGGCCGGCUCGUGGUCAGCGCCGCCUUCCACACCGGCGACCCGGCCGUGUCCGGCGCCGGGCCGCUCACCAAGCUCUCACGCUGCUACCACGCCGGCGGCUGGUCGCACGCCGACUUCAACUCCAAGGAGGUGGGCCGGGACCUGGCGGCCAGGCUGCUGCCGCUCUUCGACCCCACGCUGGAGGGCGCGGCGGAGACUCCGCCCCCCGACGCGGAGCGCCUCCCGCCGCUUUACACGCAGCCCAAGAUCCAAGGCGGGAAGCUGCCUGGAGGGUUGCACUACCUGCGCGUCACCAAGCCGCCUCCCACCGAGCCGCCAGGUGCUCGCCAGGGCGGAGACAUGGCGACGGGCCGGGCGGAGACGGGGAACUACUUCCACCUGAGCCUGGGCGCCGGAGACCUGGUGGAGACGCUCACCUGCCUGUCCCCUAAGCCCCUCCCCUUCUCCAACUACCUGUGUCUCUACGGGAAGCACCAGCUGCUGCUGGGCCGGCUGAGCAGCCGCUACCAGCAGGGCCUGGUGCCCGACCUGCACAGCUUCUUCUCUCAGAGCUGCUGUCUCUCCGUUUUCCUCGACAGGUUCUCAGACUUCCAGCUGGAGCUCCAGCAGAUCAACUCAAACGCAACGGAGGAGGAGCUCUCGUCGUCUGUGAGGAGCAGCGCCGUUAAAUAUCUCAACUACAACCGGAACCUGCUGCCCAUGUUCGCCUCCCCGGGACAGCUGUGACAGCGUGAUGUCACACGAUGACAUCACAGCGAGAUGUCACACGAUGACAUCACAGCGAGAUGUCACACGAUGACAUCACAGCGUGAUGUCACACGAUGACAUCACAGCGAGAUGUCACACGAUGACAUCACAGCGUGAUGUCACACGAUGACAUCACAGCG